CAUUCCUCAAGUUUGCCCAUCGGCGUUUUCCUCUCGUGCGUGUUUCAACCUCACUUCUUGCUGCUCUGACUGACUGGUCCCCUUCCUCCCUUUCGUUCUCCAAUAGCUCUCUUCGCGUACGUCCUUUCUCCUGUUUCAGUAUCUUCGUCUUCUGCUGCAUUCCCGGACGUGUGUCCGUUUACGUGCGUGAACUCGAUUGGGCUCUGGGCCGCAAGAUGGUGGAUCGGGUUGCAAUGAUCUGCACGAGUCUGCUUGGGACCUGCUGCACUCAUCUUUUCGUUGUUAUCAGGCUCUGUCAAUGUGCUGACGCUCUCUCUCCCUCUCUUCCGACUCUAGCUUUUUGGAUGUUGGCUGACCGUUCCCAACAGAACAAGCGUCUUUCCAAGGGUAAGAAGGGUAUCAAGAAAAAGGCCGUGGACCCUUUCUCGCGCAAGGACUGGUAUGACAUCAAAGCGCCAUCCAUUUUCGAGGUCAGGAAUGUCGGCAAGACCCUCGUUAACCGGUCUCAGGGCCUGAAAAAUGCCAACGACUCCUUGAAGGGUCGUAUUGUUGAGAUUUCGCUGGGUGACCUCAACAAGGAUGAGGAGCAAUCUUUCCGCAAGAUCAAGCUACGAGUCGAUGAGGUUCAGGGAAAGAACUGCUUGACGAACUUCCACGGCAUGGACUUUACUUCCGACAAGCUGCGCUCGCUUGUCCGGAAGUGGCAGACCCUCAUCGAGGCACACGUUGAUGUCAAAACCACCGACGGCUACCUCAUCCGUCUUUUUGCCAUCGGCUUCACGAAGCGACGCCAAUCGCAGGUCCGCAAGACCACAUACGCUCAGUCUGCCCAGGUUCGGGAGAUCCGGAAGAAGAUGUUCGAGAUCAUGACCCGGGAGGCGACCUCGUGCGAUUUGAAGGAGCUUGUACAAAAGUUCGUGCCAGAAGCCAUCGGCCGUGAGAUCGAGAAGGCUGCCCGAAGCAUCUACCCGCUGCAGAACGUCUACGUGCGCAAGGCCAAGAUCCUCAAGGCCCCCAAAUUCGACGUUUCGAAACUCAUGGAACUCCACGGCGAGACAACGGACGAGACUGGCACACGGGUGGCCAAGGACUUCAAGGAGCCGGAGGUCCUGGAGUCUGUCUAAUUCUCGUAGCAUAUGUAUACUCUCUCAUUACUACAUGCGCUCUAUGCUACCUGAAUGAUCUACUUUAUGACUCAACUGUCCAAGUUGAAAGUUGUAAUCAAAAGAUAAAACUUCGACGCCUUUCUACUUCCACAUCCAUGGCGGACGUCGACUACAUCAAGAGCCACCUCACCGCGCACCCGGACUUCCCCAAGAAGGGAAUCGUCUUCCUCGACAUCUUUCCGAUCCUGCGCAAUCCGCUGGCCUUCGAGACCCUGAUUACCCACCUCGUGCACCACCUCACAUCGAAGACGAUCGCGGCUAUCCCUUCCAAGAAGAUCGAUGUUAUCGUUGGCCUCGACGCGCGUGGAUUUCUGCUUGGUCCUCUGAUCGCGCUUCGCCUCGGUGCGGCGUUUGUGCCCGUCCGGAAAAAGGGCAAACUGCCGGGGGAGUGUGUCACUGCGUCUUACGAGAAGGAGUACGGUGUUGAUUCCUUUGAGAUGCAGACUGAUGCGAUAAAGCCUGGCCAGACAGUCGUUGUGGUGGAUGACUUGAUCGCUACUGGUGGCUCGGCCAAGGCUGCCGGCGAGCUCGUCGCGAAGCAAGGGGGCAAGACGGUCGAAUACUUGUUCAUCAUCGAGCUUAUGUUCCUCAAAGGCGGUGCCAAGCUCGAUGCUCCUGUGUAUUCCAUUGUACAGUCUGAUGAUUAAAUUAGUUGUGUGGGCCGCUAUAUUAAAAGUCG